AUGCUACCGUACCUCUUCCUUGACCUUGCUGCCUUUCCCACAGUCACUGACCUCACUAGUGACACUCGCUACCGCGCUGCGCUUCCUGCUGAGUUCUGCGCCAAACCCCCUCCCCCCCCCCCCCCCCCCCCAUCCGACCUCGUUGGUUUCGAGUCGGUCGGCGCUGCGUCUGCCCCGAUCCGGAGACGCCGCACCGGCAAGGGCAAGGGGGGCAAGGGUGCUGGAGGGGCUGGCGGGGGUGACGGAGGUGGCGGUGGAGGCAGUGGAGGGGGUGGGGGUGGUGGUGGGAGUGGUGGCGGGGGUGGAGGUGUCGGUGGCGGCAGUGGAUGCGGAGCCGGAGGCAGCGGUGGCGGUGGGAGCGGAGGUGGCGGAGGUGGCGGCGGAGGAGGAGGCGGCGGCGGAGGAGGCGCAGCUGGUCGGGGUGGCGCUGUGCAGAGGGUCGGCUCCGGUGGUGGUCAACGCCAGCGGGGUGGGGGUAUUGGUCCGUGCACCUACGUCCUACGCACCGGCGACCGCGCGGGUGAGCAGUGCGGGGGUGCGGACUCCACCUGCUGA